ACUUUUGGUCAGUGCUUCACAAGAUGGAAAACUCAUUGUAUGGGAUACUUAUACAACCAACAAGGUUCAUGCCAUCCCUCUCCGGUCUUCUUGGGUCAUGACCUGUGCCUAUGCUCCAUCAGGGAAUUUUGUGGCCUGUGGAGGUCUUGACAAUAUGUGCUCCAUCUAUAACCUCAAAAGUCGUGAAGGAAGUGUGAAAGUGAACAGGGAGCUCUCAGCUCACGCAGGCUACCUUUCUUGCUGCCGAUUCCUGGAUGACAAUAAUAUUGUAACUAGUUCUGGGGACACCACUUGCAUGCUGUGGGAUAUUGAGACAGGGCAGGCGAAGACCACAUUCAUAGGACACACUGGG